AGACAGACAGACAAACCAACUACCGUAACCCUCGCUGUGCAUGCGCACCGAGGGUUAAUAAUUCUGCGUAACUUUAGGCUAAGUAUACCUUUAACUCCUACAUUUCAGAUCCAACAGCAAUCUUGAGAGAAGCCAUGAAGGAUGGCUACAUUCCCCACAACACUCACAGCUUUCUCACCUGCUCCCUCAGUCCAGACUGCGUGGCCCAUCCUCUCACUCCUGACCAGAAGAUGUGGCUCGAUGAGAGCAAGUCAGACUCCAAGAAAAAGUCCACAGCGGUGCCUCCCUUAUCAGUCUCGGGUGAAAGGCCUACACUGACAGAACUUGUCAAGAUCAGACUGCCCUCUCGAGUUGGGCCCAAGUCCCUCGCAUUCGGUACGCUUCUUCUCCAAGACGACUUUGGAGACAAAGUGGCUAAUAUCAGUGAGUGUUGUCGCGGGGAUCCAGAGAGAAUCACAAUGGGGAUUCUGAGGGAGUGGCUGGCAGGGAAGGGGGUGGAGGUGUCGUGGGAGAGCCUCAUAGCAACUCUGAGAGACAGCGAACUUUCACUUAUGGCCGACCAGAUACAGAUGGCACUGGACCAACUAAGAUCUUGAUGCAUUGUACUUCAUGUUGACAAUGUAUUAAUUUUUUUUUAAUGGACAAUUUUUGUAUCACUCCUUAUUUUUUGUAUCAUCUUUUUUUGACAUGGUCUGACAUGAAAAUUUAGUGUGUGAUAUGCUUGUACAUGAUUUUUUGGUGUUCCGCUCAAAUUGCAAGUUUGAAAUAAUCCGAACGUGAUAAUUAUACUGAGAGCCAUGUGCAGUUUAUACAGCUGGUGUUUGUUUUGAUUGUGUAUCAUUAUCCACCAAAAGUGUGUGUGACUUCACUAGUUUCAGAGUAUAUACACUAUGUAAGGAAAUGUGGCUGUAUAUAUGUACAAAAGGGUUAAAUUUAAUAGAAAUGUUGGAACAAAACAAUAUACAAUUACGUUCACGUUUUUCAUUUUUACACACAUAUUCCCUUUAAGCUGGUGGCGUGUAGCUAUAGACACGAGUAAAGAUACACACGUCCUGUUCUCUUCACCCACUGUCUCAUUGUAAGUUGACCCGUUGCAGGGAGAGGCCUCAGACGGUUACCAUGGUGAUGGGGGAGGAGGGGGGAGGAGGGGAAGUGGAGGGAGGCACCCUCCUUGGCCUGCCUGAACUAGACACUGAUGUUGACGACCUGACUCAGUACAACACAGCCCACAACAGACAGAUAUCAAUGGUGGGUAUAGUGGAGGCUGGAGGAGACAAGAUCUCCAGAAGAAAGUACAGACCUAACUCUGUCACCUUCUCUGACAACGAAGAGAUUAUCAAUCCCGGU